UCAUUUACCGCUGCCACUAAAAUAGAUUGCCACUGUACGCGUGGUGCCUGUUUGACCUUUAUCAUCCAGUGUAUCAAUAAUAACACCAGUACCAGGUUGUAGAAGCUAUUGUUUUGUCUUGAUAAUUGCUACAAUGUCCAGAAGUCGAGUUCGUGGACCUAGUUCUGCUUUGAGAGAAUUCUUACGCUCUCAUGGUAUUACUGUCGAUGGGAAUGGAAGACCAGGACUUUCUCGUUCACGAACAACGUCCACAGCCAGCAAUGUUGAGAGUACAGCUGAAGAUAACGACGAAGAGAGGUCUGAAGGAGUAGAUUCCGAAAACGGUACAAGUAGCCUGCAGCAGGACAAUUCUUUGGCGGAAAACGACGAGUCUUCCAAUGCUCUUUCCACUCGAACCAGAAAGUUAACGAAGCGUCAACUGAAGAAUAAGAAAAGACAAGAGGCAAUGGCUUUUGAAGAGCAGGAGAAUGAUGAUGAAGCGGUCCAGGGAAGAACUGGGCAUAGUUAUCGAAACAGACCAACUCCCGGCAACCUCGACUUCUGCCCCAAAUGCAAUUGCCGCUUCACGGUAACUCCUUACAGCAAGUAUAGCGAGGAGUAUAAAGGUUGGUUAUGUUUUCCGUGUACACGCGACUUGAAUACACCAGAUUCAAAGCCUAUUGCCCGGAAAAGAAGAGCUUUAAAUCGGAAGAAAAAAGCUGCAGCAGUUAUGGACGAGGAGCUGAAUGUUCCACGGCUCCAGGAACUUUGUAUCCGCGUUGUUGCAAAAUACAUUAACGACAUUGAAGCGUUGGGUGAUAUCGGGCAAGUGAAUAUGGACAAAAUCUGUCAGAUUAUCUCGAAAAACCGGUCGUUGACAGACACGACCUUGCCAUUGUUUUUAACUGCACAACAAGUUGAACUUAAGCUCUACGAUUGCUCAAAACUCUCUAAUACUAGCUUGCUCAAUAUUGCCCAGUAUUGUCCCCAUCUUACGCGUUUGCAUCUGGUGUAUUGUGGUCAAAUGCGAGAAGACACUCUUCGUUUCUACGCGGAUCACUUCACAGAGCUGCAAGAUGUGUACAUUGGAGGAGCAUUUCUCGUGGAUGCUCAAAGCUGGUCCUACUUUUUUGAAAAGCGCGGCGCACAACUGAAGCGUCUGUACAUCUCCGAUACAGCGCGACUGACUGUAAAUGCCGUAAAUAGUUUGGUUGAUCACUGCCAGAAUCUGCAAGUCCUGUCAUUGGAGAGAAUCUUCUCAAUGAACAAUGAGCACGUUCGCUUGCUCGCCGGUCUGAAGCAUUUGACCUCGUUGAGCAUCACGAAUCCUGGCUCAUCGGUUGAAGACAGCAGUGUUCUAGAUGUACUAAACCAAAUCGGCAGUGGUUUAACAACACUGUGUCUAGCAAACUGUAGCUUGCUUACGGAUAAAGUUCUGCUUGAAGGAAUUGGACCCUGUUGUGGUCGCUUAAAACAUCUCGAUCUUACAGGUCUUGAAUUGCUAACGGAAGACUCGACUGCAAAUAUGUUUGCCGGCUGGACUAUACAAACUGGACUUGAAACGCUGCAUCUUUGUCGUUGUAUAUACCUUGGAGACAAGACUGUUCAUGCCGUAUUAGCCAAUUCUGGGAAUACCCUGCGUGUGCUGGAUCUAAACGGUUUAAGCUACGUUACACGGGCGGCAUUAAAAUACCUGUCUGGAUUUAAAUGUCCUAAGCUAGAGACUCUUGAUGUUAGUUGGAUUCGAGAUAUGAACGAUGAAAUUAUCUGCGAUUUUGAAUCAACAACUCCCUCCUUAAAAAAGGUUCUGGUAUGGGGAGACAAUCAUGUUCUCGUCAACAGUCAAAAGUUUCUUCUCAUUGGCAGAGAAGUGCAGUGAAGACACAUGCCAUUUCAUUUUUAUACAUUUAGACUAAUACUCUUCCGCUCUUUAUCAACAAUCAAUAAAACUGUAAUUGAGACUUGAAUAGAA